UUUCGCCAACCUCCGACGACAGAAGAAUGGCCGAACUCAUUCGCCAAUUGGUGUGGACUAUUCUAUCGCUUUGUGCGCUCUCCUUCUGGCUGAAUGUGUCCAUGUUAAUCGAGUGGUCGUCGUUAACCGACAACAUAGGCAUCGAAGUGAACAGAUGUAGUCAGCAAAUGAAUCUCUGCCGACAUCGCUACCCUCUCCUCCAAGACCCGAUUGUUCACUCUGCUGGCACCGUGUUUGCUGGACCCGACUGGAACACAAGCGCCGUCGGUGACGACGCCGAUUCAUUCGGCCGAUGUCGCUGCGACGUUGAUUGCGCCCUCUACGGCGAUUGCUGUGCGGAUGCGGCGGCCGUGUACGAUAGUCAUCCGAAAGAUAGGCUAUCAUCUCCAUGGACGUGUUUACCUAUGGCUACGGAGACGGAUCGCUACACGUCCAGCCAAAAAUUUUACAUGUACAUGAUCGGCAGUUGUCCAACGGAUUCGACCAAUCACGAUGAUUCAGUGAUUGCCUUGUGUCAUCGACGAAUGGAUACGCAAUCCAGCCAUCAUCAAUACUCUUACCUGAUGGAUAUCCCCGUGUUAUCGUUGACCACCAACAGAACGUAUGCCAAUAUUUACUGCGCGCAAUGUCAUUCCGAUACGCGUCGUUUAGCACCGUGGAACGUAUCCAUUCAUUGCAACAAUGACUUUGACAAUUUGAACGUGACCAGAGAUCAAAUGUUUCUCGACGAACAUUAUCAUCCGGGAACCAGGAGUUGGGUUUUACACCAAAGAUACGUGACCAUCAGUUGCGUCCUCACCAUCGACCAGUUUAACCACCCCGUUAAUUACCUCAAGUCCGCUGGUGGUAGGCACUGCGUUCCAAUCAUGAACGAUUGUUUAUCUGACUGGAAAGACACUGCCGAGGGUCAUCAUUGCGAUGUUUACACUCUUUACGUUGAAACCUCCGCCGUAGAGGUUCCCAAAAAUCCUCACUGCUCUGACCGCGUUCUACAUUCUUUUUCGAUCGUCAUGGACUUCAAGUUCGGAGGAAUUCAAAUUAGCAAAGAGAAGACGUGUGGCCCUAACGAGAUAUACGAUGGCUUGCACGAUACUUGUCACGCAGUUACGUGCGAUGCCGCGUUUUCGCAACAAGCUCCUGGUAUCUGCUCGCCACGUCGACAGCACAAGAGCACCAGCAAUUCUUCGUUAAGCACACGGUGCUCUAAAGUGACGCUAAUCAAGGAUGUUCCUUACUACUCGCUGGGUAACGGAACUCUGGUGUUGAACGGCACGGGCGAUAUGCUCCGACCAAGCGAAUACGAACUGGGUCAGAACGGCAUCAUCCACAUAUGCGAGAACGAAUCACUUGAUAGAUUCUUGAAUGAACUCAAAAACUAUCUCAGAUAUUCUUACGCCCAACGUUAUUUGUCCAACGUUUGUUUAACCAUCAGCGUCAUUUGUUUAGCGUUGCACAUUGGGAUCCACAUCGCCCUACCAAAACUACGUAACGUGCCCGGCAAGAAUUUGCUUUCGCUUUCGUGUACCCUUUUCCUUGGCCAGUUGCUCUUCCUGACGGGCGUUGGAGCACGAAAUUCGAUCGGUUAUGGCCCGUGUGCCGCAAUAGGAGUCCUGAUUCAUUGGUCACUCAUGGCCGCUUUCUUCUGGAUGAACAUAAUGGGUUUUGACAUGUGUCGGACAUUUGCUGGAUCGCAAAUCAAACCCCACUUGCAAUUCCGCGCAUCCGUACAAAGAAGGAGAACAACGUUUCGUUCAUAUUCACUUUACGGCUGGAGCUGCCCGACUUUCAUUGUCGCCAUCGCAAUGCUGGUCGAUUUCACCGAUAUAACGGACGGCAGAUGGGCGCCUAAUUACGGAACUCAUCAAUGCUGGAUAUGCAAUAAGAACGGACUGGGACUCUUCUUCAUCUUACCAAUGGCUGUCCUGCUAGCGGUGAACUUCAUGUUCUUCUUGCUGACGGCUUGGUCGAUCGUGAAACAAUGGAGGGAGACGCAAUUUGCCAUGCGCAAAAAUCAAACGUGUCAACGAUCAAAUGCAAUUGGCAAUUUUUUGGAUAGUCUCAAGUUGACUGACACGAUCUAUCAUAGCAAAAGGAAGUCGUACAUGAGCCGUUUGCGCACGCGAUUCUUCCUCUACGUCAAACUGGGUACCAUCAUGGGACUCGGAUGGGUCUCCGGUCUCAUCGCUGCAAUGGCCGACGUACCUGCGCUCUGGUAUCCAUUUAUCCUGUUCAAUACUCUACAAGGAACGUUUAUAUUCUUGGCUUUCGAUUGCAAACGUAAAGUCUAUUACAUGGUGUACGAGGUAAUCACUAGACGGCCUCAUCCGUCAAACUUGUCAUCCAGUCAUCGAUGUUCCACCACAGCAUCUACUAAAUUACAAGCAGCACGUCGCAUAUCGGCUCAAACACCUCAAGCUAUUUACAGUAAUCAAGAAUGCCCGAAUGAGACGGUAUGAGAGUAGGAAGAAACAAACAGAGGUUGACCAAUCAAAGAAGCAUUCUUUACCUGGGUUAAUGCCUGGAGAUGUGACAAGAUAGGCCAUGCCCUGUAUCAUGGUUAUACACACUAAAGGCCGCUUCUCCGGAAUAUUUUUCCUUACAGAGAGGCGUAUGAAUCCGAGCGAACACACUUCUUUUCGCGUUUCUUCUGAAUUCAAGAGCCGAAAAUGGAAUGAGUCAGACAUUCUGAUGGAAAACUGUUUCCCGGAGCCGUACUUUUAUGCCCGCAUUGAAUUCUGGAUGAAGGUCAACUUAACUGCGCUAUGUCGUAUAACAUAAUCAGCUAUUUACGUAUUGAAUUGCAAGAGUGUAUUGU